AUGGGUAAAGAACUUCAACGGUGUCUUGCCCCAAUUACAGACGAGCAAACAAAGGUUUAUGAUGUAUUCAUGGAUGUUGUAUCCAAUGACCGUGGUAGAAUGUUCUUUCUAUAUGGUCAUGGUGGAACGGGAAAGACAUUUCUCUGGAAAACUCUUUCGGCUGCAGUAUGUUCCAACAUAACGCAACAAAGUCCACAGGUGGAGUUGCUGAUUAGGACUAAGCUUAUUAUGUGGAACGAGGCUUCUAUGAUGCAUAUGAACUGUUUUGAAGCGCUUGACGAGAUAAUGAAGUCAGUAUUACAGGUAGACAAACCGUUUGGAGGUAAGGUAGUUGUUCUUGGAGGAGAUAUUAGGCAGAUUUUACCAGUUGUACUCAAAGCAUCAAGGCAGGACAUAGUACAUGCUACGGUAAACUCCUCUCCGUUGUGGCAUUUCUAUCGUGUCAUGAAGUUGAGUAAGAACAUGAGAUUGCAGUCAUGUUAUUCUCCAUCUAAUGUGGUCGAGGUAAUAGAAUUUGGGGACUGGAUACUGAAGGUUGGUAAUGGGGAUGUUAGGGAACAAAAUGAUGGUGAAGCUUCGCUAGAGAUUCCCGAGGACAUGUUGAUUGGUGAUUCAGAGGAUCUAUUCAGAGACCUACUAAACUUCGUCUAUCCCGAUUUGUUGAGUAACAUGUAUGAUCCAGAUUAUUUUCAAAGGAGGGCAAUUCUUGCACCAACUAAUGAAUGCGUCGAGUCUGUGAGCGAUUACUUAAUGUCUCUCCUUCCAGGUGUGGAGAAGGUGUACCUGACCUCAGAUAGUAUGUGUAGGGACGAGCAAACAACGGAGGAUAAUGCAAAAAUCUAUUCGACUGAAUUACUCAACACAAUAAGAUGCUCGAGGGGUUUCUUCUCAUGUAUUGAAGUCCAAGGUCAGUGCACCAGUUAUGCUAAUAAGAAACAUCGAUCAAGCAGAGGAUUGUGCAACGGGACCAGACUUCAAAUUAUUAUAAUCGGCAUUCACGUUCUGUAUUGUAAACUUCUUUUCGGUGAAAAUAUCAGUGACAUUGUGUUCAUUCCUCGAAUGACUUUAAUACCAUCUAACUCCGGACUGUCAAUUAAAUUACAGAGAAGACAGUUUCCGUUGAUUGUUUCUUUUGCAAUGACGAUCAACAAAAACCAAGGCCAAACUCUUUCGCAUGUUGGUUUGUAUCUUCCUCGGCCUCUCUUCAGCCAUGGUCAACUAUAUGUUGCACUGUCCAGAGUUAAGAGCAGAGGUGGCAUUAAGAUAUUCAUCAAGUGGGAUUCGGGCGAACUCACCGAUGUUACUAGAAAUGUCGUCUACAAGGAAGUAUUUCAUCGAAUUUGA